GACUGCCAGGAGCUGACGGACGUGGAGCGGGCCAUCGAGACCGUCAUCAACCAGUUCCACUGCUACGCCGUCAAGGGGCAGAAGGAGUACCUGACCCCCAACGAGAUGCAGGAGCUGGUGGUGCAGAAGCUGCCCCAUCUGGGGAAGGUGAGGUGCGUUGGACCCCUGGACGAGAAGAUCGAGUGCAUGGGAGACCCCAAUGAGGCCAAGCUGGAGUUCGGAGAGUACUGGGACAUGAUGGGGGAUGCGGCCAAGGGCUGCCGGAGGAAGUAG